CCCCCGCACCCCGGCCGCUUCCCUUUGCUCGCCGCCUCACCGGCGGCCGGGAGAGAUGGGCAAAGAUGGACUCGGCGGCGACGACGGGGCGGAGGUGCCGCUGCUGCUGAAGAAGACGCACUUCCACGGCAACUGCCCCGGGUGCAGGCUUGACCGGAGGAAGGAGACGCGAACGGGGGUGCCGUACACCGAGUUCGCCUGCAUGUGGCUCGUCACCGUCUGCUCCACCUUGCCGAUACAGUCCUUGUUCCCCUUCUUGUAUUUUAUGAUAAGGGACCUGCACAUUGCUAAACAAGUGGAAGAUAUUGGAUUUUAUGCUGGUUUUAUUGGCGCAUCAUAUAUGAUUGGUAGAGCACUCACCUCUACAGUAUGGGGAAUCGUGGCCGAUAAGCAUGGGAGGAAACCUGUUUUUGUAAUUACCCUUAUUGCAGUAAUUAUAUUGAAUACACUAUUUGGACUCAGCUCCAGUUAUUGGAUGGCAUUGACCACAAGAUGUUUGCUUGGGCUGUCGUCGGGUAUGCUGGGACCAAUUAAGGCUUAUGCUACAGAAGUAUGCCGGAAAGAAUAUAGUCACCUAGCUUUAUCGCUUAUUUCUUCCUCACGUGCUAUAGGCCUCAUUGUUGGACCAGCCAUCGGUGGUUAUCUUGCACAGCCAGCAGAUAAAUAUCCAGGCAUAUUCUCUCAACAAUCCAUAUUCGGGAGGUUUCCAUACUUUCUCCCCUGCCUAUGUAUAUCAGUCCUUGCCAUCGUUGCUUUAAUUUCUUGCAUCUGGCUUCCGGAAACUUUGCAUAAACACAAUCAACCUGCGGAUUCAAAUAAUUCAAUUGAAGUCGUAGAAGAAUCUGAACCUAAUGCUGAGGAAAGUGGUGGUGGAUAUUGGAGUUUAUUCACAAACUGGCCAUUGAUGUCCUGUAUCACUGUAUAUUGUAUUUUCUCUCUUCAGGAUGUAGCUUAUGCAGAGGUAUUUUCUCUUUGGGCUGUCAGUGACAGGAAGUAUGGUGGAUUAAGCUUUACUUCUACAGAUGUGGGCAAUGUCCUUGCACUCUCAGGCUUCUGCCUCCUAAUAUAUCAAAUUUUGAUUUACCCAUCGGUUGCAAAUGCUGUAGAACCUGUCACAUUAGUCCGUGCAACUGCAUUCUUGACACUGCCACUUCUUUCAAGCUAUCCAUUCAUGACUGCAUUAUCAGGGUUCAAUCUUCAGUUGGUAGUUAAUUGUGCAUCUUCUCUGAAGAAUGCUUUCCAAGUAUCUACCAUCACCGUCUGCAAUAUUUUGAUGAAUGAUGCCGUGAGUCAAGACCUAAGAGCAUCAGCGAAUGGCCUUUCUGUAACGUUAAUGUCCAUUUUCAAAGCUAUCGCUCCUGCUGUUGCAGGUAUUAUAUUUUCCUGGGCUCAGAGGCGCCAAACUGCUUCAUUUCUUCCAGGCGAUCACUUGGUGUUCUUCAUGCUAAACGCGGCUACAGUCGUCGGUCUUAUAUGCACCUUCGGACCGCACUUUGCUGGGAACAGAAAGAAGCAUUGA